AUGACCAUCAUGGUCUCAAAUGAUCCCACUUGGUGGCCGACCAUCAAUGCAUAUCGUUAUUUCAGCUAUUUUGUAGUUGCCGCCUUCGUUGGAGUGACGUAUGAUUGGGUAUUUUCAGCACUUACAUUAGGACAAGAGGUGGAACUCAUCUGGAGACAACGUUGGUCGGUAAUGACAGCUCUGUAUCUCGGUGUGCGUUACCUUGGAAUCUCAUAUGCUGCCUUGUACAUGCUAAGCUUGAUUACGUCCAUCGUACAUUAUUGGACGUUCAUUGUGGUAUUUGCGAUGCUGUGGGUCAUCAUCAUCAUUCGGUUGCAUGCCAUGUAUCAACGAUCCAGAAAGAUCCUGAUAUUUCUUAUUGUCACCUUCCUGGCUGUCAACAUUUUCAGUGGAGUGGUCACCUUGCUGAUGACGAUAGAUGCUUCUGCGGAGCAAUUCAUUCUCUCUGGCACCUAUGAAUGUUGGAUUGGCUUUACGGAAGAUUUCAUACUUUUGGAGUCCAUUAUUUGGAUACUCGUCACCGUGUGGGAGGUCCUCGCAUUAUGUCUCGCAGUCUGGAUUGCGGUAAAACACUUCCGUGAACUUCGACGACAUUCGACAGGAGGGAUUAUGGGGGACUGUUUUACGAUAUUGAUGACAACUCACAUGCUUUACUUUGCGAGUUUUGUUGUUGUUUCUUGCUGCGAGCUCAUUCUUGAUUUCUCUCCAAUACUCUCAACGUAUAACUCCCUGAACGCCAACAUUAUUUCUGGGUUUAUUCAGAUUUCGGAGAUCGUGCAGAUGUUUGUGCUGGGACCACGCCUGAUCCUUGGCAUUCGGGAAUACCACGCUAAACUCGUUGCCGAUGCUGACGCAGCGACUGGUAUGACCUCAAUCGCUUUCCAGGAGCAUGUGUAUAUAUCGACUGGCAGUGAUGUGUGA